CUCACGGUGAAUAUUUGUAACAGCUAAAAUGUCCUUGGUAGAAAAUAAAAGUCAAAAAAGAAUAACAAAGAGAGUAUAAACCUUUACAAACAAAAGCAAAGAGAGUAUAAGUGUGUAUAUAUAAAGAAGAAGCACCGCCCUAACCCACCAUUCACAACGGUGACAUUCAAACACACUUCUGUCUCCCUUUCAUCUUGAUUCGUCCUCUCCAUUUUCUCAAUAUCUUUAAUCUCUUUCUUUGUCCUUUCUUCUUCAUCUAUGGACCCUUUACCUUCCCAACAAGAACAACAUCAUCAUCUUGACGAUGAUAUCCAACAAACCCUAACCCAAAAUCCUCGAUCCGAUUCCACCACCACCACCGACUCAACCUCUUCCGUUCAACAACGCAAACGUAAAGGCAAAGGUGGUCCCGACAACUCCAAGUUCCGUUACCGUGGCGUCAGACAAAGAAGCUGGGGAAAAUGGGUCGCCGAGAUUCGUGAGCCACGUAAACGCACUCGCAAGUGGCUUGGUACUUUCGCCACCGCCGAAGACGCAGCACGUGCCUACGACCGAGCCGCCGUUUUCCUUUACGGGUCACGUGCUCAGCUCAACUUAUCACCUUCUUCUCCUUCAUCGGUCUCUUCUACUUCCUCCGCCGUCUCUGCUGCCUCCUCUUCUCCUUCGUCCUCUUCUUCCUCCACUCAAUCCCUAAGACCUCUCCUCCCUCGUCCCUCCGCCGCGUCUGUAGCCUCCUCCUUUGGUCCGUGCGGUAUGUCUUUUACCAACAACAUGUUCCUUUCUGGUGGGACCUCCAUGUUUUGCCCUAGUUAUGGUCUUCUCCCUCAACAGCAUAAUCAGAUGACGCAAGUGGGACAGUCUCAUCACCAACCGUAUCAGAAUCUUAACUCUAGUAAUAAAAAUAACAAGGUCGGUGACGUGGAGCUAACAGAUGCGACGUCGUCUCGUCACGAGGUGCCGUUAGGGCAAGAACAAGGAGGAAGUGCUUGUAAUGAUGAAAACAAUAACUCGAUGGAGAAUUUUAAUUCUCUUGCUGGUUCGGUCGGUUCAAAUCAUUCAGUAUUUGCGACGGUUGUUGAUCCGGUUGGUUCAAUGGGUAUGGAUCCGGGUUAUAAUAUGUUUGGAGGAGAUGGAUCUUCGACGGUUUGGCCUUUUAGUGGAGAAGACGAGUGUAGUCAUUGGGGGAGUAUGUGGGAUUUUGUUGAUCCCUUCUUACUUGACUUUGAUACAAUGAUAUAGAACUUUUUGACGAUGAGGAACAACAAAGGUCGGUCGAGAUUUUUUGAAUGGAAUCAAGGAGAUUUUUCAUUCGAGGAGCUUUGCAUGCACAAUUUUUGGGGGAUUUUUUAUAUGGAGAUAUAGUUAAAGAGUAUUUUCAAUGCUUUUGAAGAUUUUUUUUAUUUAUACUUUCAGGGAAUUCGUUAAGGAGAUUACGGUUCCAAUAAAGUAUAUAUAUACAUUAUAUGGAAGAAGAGUUGGGGUGGAAAGUUCUCUGAGGAUUUAUUGGUUCAACACUUCGUAGAGUGCCAUAGGAUGAUAAUAUCGAUUUCGUUUUUACUC